AUGUCGGAUUCAGGCAUCGCCGACUACCUCCCAACCUAUGCCUCGUACAACUGGACAGGGUCUCCCGCAGAUUACACCCUGGCCACAAAUGCUCAAACCGGAGGAGAUUCAAGGGUUGAAAAUCUGAACAAAUGGUACCAGUCUGGCGAUACGGCCUACAUCAUCAUAUCCUCAUGUCUCGUUCUUAUAAUGGUGCCCGGUCUCGGAUUUCUAUACUCUGGGCUGGCACGAAGAAAGUCGGCCCUCUCGAUGAUGUGGGCGUGUAUGGCCGCCGGGAGUAUAAUCAACUUUCAGUGGUAUUUCUGGGGUUACUCGUUGACCUUCUCCCCGACCGGGCAGAGUGGUUUCAUCGGUGAUCUUGUCCAUUUUGGAUUGAAGAGAGUGCUUGGAAACCCGAGUCCUGGAUCACCUCUCGUCUCCAGUCUUUUAUAUUCCUUUUACCAGAUGCAAUUCUGCUGUGUCACCGCUGCCAUUGUGGCAGGAGCCGUCGCUGAACGCGGUAGACUUAUGCCCUUCCUCGUCUGGACUUUCCUCUGGGCCACCCUGGUGUACAAUCCCAUUGCCUGUUGGGCGUGGAACGCCAACGGCUGGGCCUUCAAGUACGGUGUCAUGGAUUACGCGGGCGGAGGCCCCGUCGAAAUUGGUUCGGGCAUGUCUGCAUUGGCGUAUUCCAUGGUGCUGGGAAAACGUCAGGAGAAGAUGAUGCUGAACUUCCGUCCGCACAACGUCUCCUUCAUCCUCUUGGGGACUGUGUUGCUUUGGUUUGGAUGGCUCGGUUUCAACGGCGGCUCGGCUUUCGGCGCCAACCUGCGCGCAGUUAUGGCUUGCUGGAACUCCAACCUGACAGCCACCAUGGCAGCCAUCACUUGGACUCUUCUCGACUUUCGACUGGCCCGAAAGUGGACCAUGGUCGGUUGGUGUUCCGGGACCAUCUCUGGUCUUGUGGCUGCCACUCCGGCCUCUGGUUACGUCGACACUUGGGGCUCUAUUGUUCUGGGUAUCGUGACCGGCGUUGCUUGUAACUUUGGCACCAAGAUCAAGUACUGGAUUCGAAUCGACGACUCGAUGGACGUGUUCGCCGAACACGGUCUCGCUGGCAUGAUCGGCCUCAUGUUCAACGCUCUCUUUGGCGUCGACUACAUCGUCGGUCUCGACGGCGUCAACACCGGCUCCAGCAAUCCCACCACGGGAACCGGCAUCGGCGGAUGGCCCAUCGGCAACUACCGCCAGUUCUACAUCCAGCUCGCCUACAUCCUCGCGUGCACAGGGUACGCCUUCGUCAUGAGCGCCAUCCUGGCGUACAUUGUCAACUACAUCCCCGGUCUCCACCUGAGGGCCUCGGAGGAAGCGGAGCUGCUCGGCAUGGACGACGACCAGCUCGGCGAAUUCGCCUACGACUACGUCGAGGUCCGCAGAGAUUACCUCGCCUGGACCCCGCAGAGGACCGAGCAAUACGGCGCCGACCCGGACCUCCCCCAGGAAGACCGCCACGGCAUCGGCGAGCAUUCCAAGAUGAUCAAGGAAGGAUCGAACGACGCCGCGAGUUCCGGCUCGGGCUCUGGAUCUGGAACACACAACGGUCGCUUCCCGGCCCAAGGUGAUCGUCACGCUGUCGCCUUGGAAGACCAAGAGAAGACCAAGCAUCUAGCCGACCGUGAGAGCCACGGGGAAACAUUGACGACGCCAGCGGAGAAAAAAUCUGCUUGA